GAGCCUAGAAGUGAGUGUGUCCCAAGUCCCGUUUAUUCCUGCCAGUGGCAUGCAUCCCCAAUGCUUAGUUUCUCAGGUAGAGUAGCUAGCAAGAGCCUGAGCUGAAGAGGAAAGCCACCUUGGAUGGUCCUUGAUCAUCUCAACUCUGGUCCUGUGGAGCCACCCGAAAGCCACGGCCACAAACUGAAUUCUUGCCACCAGAAUGGGGAAACAGAACAGCAAGCUGCGUCCUGAAGUCAUGCAGGACUUGCUGGAGAGCACAGACUUCACCGAGCACGAGAUCCAGGAGUGGUACAAAGGCUUCUUGAGAGACUGCCCCAGUGGACACUUGUCAAUGGAAGAGUUUAAGAAAAUAUACGGGAACUUCUUCCCUUAUGGGGAUGCUUCCAAAUUUGCAGAGCACGUCUUCCGCACCUUUGAUGCAAAUGGAGAUGGGACAAUAGACUUUAGAGAGUUCAUCAUAGCCCUGAGUGUAACGUCAAGGGGCAAGCUGGAGCAGAAGCUGAAGUGGGCCUUCAGCAUGUAUGACCUGGAUGGCAAUGGCUACAUCAGCAAGGCAGAGAUGCUGGAGAUUGUACAGGCCAUCUACAAAAUGGUUUCUUCUGUCAUGAAAAUGCCCGAAGAUGAGUCAACCCCAGAGAAAAGGACGGAGAAGAUCUUCCGCCAGAUGGAUACCAACAGAGAUGGAAAACUAUCCCUGGAAGAAUUCAUCCGAGGGGCCAAGAGCGACCCAUCCAUCGUGCGACUCCUGCAGUGCGACCCCAGCAGUGCCGGCCAGUUCUGAGCCCUGCACCCCAAGGACGCUACAGCUGCUCGUGUCUCCUGAUUAGUGGUUAAACUUUUUUUUUUUUUUUUUUGCCAAACAAUAUUGAUGGUGACGUUGUCCCCUCUUCGGUCAGAUGUGCCCUCCUGUGACACCUUUGCCUCUUGCUUCUUUCGUCGUGGGCGCUUUGUGGGAAUGCCCAGAGCCCUGUGUGCUGUGGAGUGCAUGAGCACACUUCGUGGUGUUCCCUGUUGGAUGUUUUUUUUAAUCAUCAUUAUCCCUGUCCCCACCCCCUUGAUUCUAAUGUCUCUGUCUUAAAAAACCCAAGACUUGGGUGCAAGAGAAGGGUUUCCACCCAACCCGGAGGGGCUUUGUUUGAAAGACCAAACUCCUCAUGUGGGUCUGUUGUCACGCAUGCCCUCGGAGCUAUCGUGGGCACCUGGGGCUGUGAUUCCUAAGAACAGGUUACCCUUUGGGGUAAGGCUGUUAAAGAGAGCUGGGACAUUCCGGAAGAGGCCAACUCUUCUCUCUACCCCAGAGGGCUGUAGUUUCUAAGCUGUGAACAUUUCAAGGUAAAUUAACAGGAGACGGGCAUAGAUGGCUCAGCUAUUUUUUUCCCACAGGUUUACACGAGUUGAGCUUAUAAUAAGAGUUUCUUUGAAAAAUCAAACACAGAUGGUAACAGAUUCUAAAACCAGACCCAUCUAACUCCCUACUUGUGAUUUAUAAAAAGAAAAGACUGCUGUAUAUAUAUAAUAUUGGGUAUUGCAGACCAAAUUAAGUGUUUUGCCUUGUAAGUGCAUGUUUAAUAAGUGCUAAUACAAUCUUACUACAGAAGACUGUUUUUAGCUUAUUGUGAAGCCAACUACAAUGAAUGUCAAUGUCUUGUUUUCAAGUCAUACCUGUCUUUGCACAAAUGUACCAGUCAACAAGUGUAUUUUAUAUACUCCAUAAAAUCACAAAGGGAUGAUGAAAGGGCCCAGCUCUGAUGUCUGAACGGUUUUCCAGAGUCCAGGUGGCUGGAGGACAUGCGGAAGGCAGCUUCCCCAGUGUCUUGUCCAGCAUGGAGAGCUCCACACUGACAGGGGCCAAGGCCCAGCAGCGCACCGCCAACAAAUGCAGGUGUGACAUUUUCCUGAGCAGAUGAAUGUUCCAUAGACUUGAAAAACAGAGACUUCCUAGCAGUUUAACCCACAUCCUUGGGUGGGGGAGCCACAUCUAGAAUGUUCAUUUUUCCUGUCCCCAGGUACCCUUCAAAGAGUCAGGUGAGGGGCAGAUGGACAAUUCACCCACCGUAAGAACCAGCAAGGGGGCCUGAAGUGCCCAAGGCCCAUGGGGAUCCCAACAGCACUGUGUCCUCUGCAUGUAGCAAAGUUGAAUUGCUGCUUGGGUGGGUCACCUCACACACACUACUUUGAAAUGAGGGCUGGAAGUAGGAACUUCUGGCCACAGGUGAGCCAAAGCCCCACAAACCGCUGGCUGGCAACAGAAGGCCCAAAUACUCAAGGGUGUCGGCAGCGGAACCUGCCUAAGAGGAGGCAGGAAGGUCUCCGUGUGCUGCCAAGCCACUUCCUGUAGAACAAGAACCACAAAAAGAUAAACACAACGGCAAGGAAAGUGAUGCCCACAGGUUCUUGCCAGCCUGCAGGUCCCCACGGCAACACUCUCGGGACCUGGCGGAAGUUCAGACUUCAAUGGUGGAUUAAUAUGAAUCACUUCGUGUGUUGAAAUUUUGUAAUCUUCAUUUUCCCUAGUGGCUUCUCCUUACGUUUUGUACCAAGGCUUGCCAAAUCCUGUGGGCCAAAUGGUGAAGUCUGGGUUUGAACAGCAGAAUGAACACGAGUUGUGGAACAAGUCAGGGUCCCAGCACUCGGGCCACGUAACCCCCGCUGAGCUGAGGGCUGAAUUCCUCUUUCUGACUCAAAUUUCAUGAAUGGCAUCAGUUGAUGUUGGAGAUCCACUUGGGUGGGUUCUGCCUCAAGUUGAGCCAGACCCCAUGUUUCCUCGAACUUAGACCUGGGGUGGAAACUAGAAAAGGUGGCUUCCGGCUAUUGGGAAAUCAAAGAGCCAGAGGCAUAGGUUGGAAAACCCCGAGGCCACCAGAAGAUGCACAGAGUCCCAGAACUAGCUAGCCACACAGACAUAGCACACCUACUUGUACUCCCCCCAGGGAGGUACGGGGUAUGUCUAACUUUACACAUGUUGACCAAGGGACUUCACAGUUCCCAGAUGGCUGAGCGCCUGAAGACAUGUUUCUCUGGUGAGGCAUUGUUGGGGCUGUGUUGGGGGAUAUCUGGAGGAUGUGGGACCUGAUUUGUUCCAAGUAAAGGCAGCCUGUGUUGUUCACGGACUGGACUAAAUGGAUGACUUGAAGGAUGUUUCAAAGUUGACUGUUCAUACCUCUCGUAAGACAGAGAAGGGAUGCUGUGGGUGUUGUCCCGUCCCAGCAAUACACUCCAGGGGGACUUUCUACAGAUGGACUUAAUAAUAUGUAUGUCAUACUACGUGACGUGGCCCCUUGUCAGUUGAUUGUAUAGCUCUUGCCUGGCAUUAAAGCAUGUUCAUUAUUUAAUAUAA